AUGGUCACGGUUCGAUUGUCGGAACCGCCGCCUGCAUUACAUGUCGAUACCAGCGUGCAGCAGAACGAGAAUAGCGAGCUUCAAAAGGAGGAAUUGGACACACCAGAUAUUCUGCUAGAAGAGACAGACGAGAAGGGUGUCGAUGAGGAUAGUCCGCGGAUUACGACAGUAGAUCCGAAUGGGAAUGAAGUCCUGAGUCCCUCUGGGUCCGAAUCGCCUGCUUCGCGGCAAGACGAGUUUUCACGGCGAGGGAGCGAUAGCUCUGAAGCUUCAAUGGAGGGCGGUGGUGUCAAUUGGGAGGAGUUGGAGAAGACGGAGGAGCAGGAACCACGGAAUGAGAAUUCGGAUGAUUCUACGGCGUUAUUACUUGCACGACUCGAGCAGGAGAAUAACCUGCUGGCUACGAAUCCGAAAUCGGGAAUCACGAAAGUUACAAUAGAGAGACAGCGACCGAGUCGGCAGUCGAGACCGCCUUCGAUACAACAGUUGAAGAGGAUGGUUAAUCGUCCUACGCCUCCUGCUUUACGGUACUCUAUGAUACCUGCUCCUCCCAUGACGGAUCUCGAGUUCUAUGCUGCGUUGGUACAAGAUUAUACCAGGACGGCACAAUGUUUGCCUACACUAUUGUCGAAGAAGAUUCGAAGUGGUAUUCCGCCUCCUCUACGAGGUGUGGUUUGGCAGAGUAUGUCUGGAGCUCGAGACAAUUUCCUAGAAGAUCAAUUCGAUAGGUUAUGCGGCGAGUCGAGUCCGUACGAAGGUAUCAUUGGGAAGGAUCUCGGACGAAGCUUCCCAGGCGUAGAAAUGUUCCGUGAUCCAGAAGGUGACGGACAACGAAUGUUGGGCAGAGUGCUGAAAUGCUUCAGCUUAUACGAUCAUAAGAUUGGGUACUGUCAAGGCCUAGGCUUUCUUGUUGGCCCUCUGCUUAUGCAUAUGGGCGACAAGCAAGCCUUUUGUGUUCUCGUCCGAUUGAUGGAACAUUACGAUUUACGAGCAUGCUUCCUUCCAGAUCUUUCAGGUCUUCAUGUACGAAUCUUCCAGUUCCGGCAACUUCUUAAACUACACCUACCUAAACUCUCUGCACAUCUUGACCACCUCCAAAUCGACCCGGCAUAUGUCUCUCAAUGGUUUUUGUCCUUCUUCGCCGUCACAUGUCCUCUGCCGAUGCUAUUCCGGAUAUACGAUGUCAUAUUUGCAGAAGGUGCUUCCGAGACGAUUAUGAGGGUUGCCUUAUCACUGAUGAGAAAGAACGAAGAGAAGAUCAUGGCAUGUUCGGAAAUGGAAGAUGCUAUGCAAUUACUUCUUUCACGAGUAUUAUGGGAUGUCUAUCACCAGAACGCUGACCAAUUUGUGAACGAUUUCGUCAGCAUGACUGGAGCGGUUACAAGAGAAAGUUUGCAGGCAUUGGAGGUUAGCUAUAAGGAGGCUCAAAUGGCCGAUGCCGUCUCACCUUCAGAGAACGUCGGCUCGGUUGCGGCCCGAUUUUUGGGUCGCUUAUGGACUGGAUCGAAUUCGUCUACAAAAUCUAUGAACCUAAGUCCAGGAUUCAUUGCUCCAAAUCGCCCAGUUAGCUUUCUUCGAAGAACACCUUCGAGACAAAGUAUUGCUUCAACGCUCAACUCCGUCGAAGGUGGAGGAUCGGACAGCUUGCUCAGCGCAACCACGGACGCCACCUCGAUCUCUCGAGAUUCGUCAAAUACGGAUGGAUCGUCAGUCCGAGGCCAAUCUGUCAGCUUCAACAAUAUGAAAUCUAAGGAGGACAAGAAUUUGCACGGCCAGAUCGAAGAUCUUCUCACGGCAUUGAGCGAGUUGCAAAGAGGUCAUGCUAUACUUGCUACGGAAUUGCAGAAGGAGAGAGAAGAGCGCGAGGAAGACAAAAUUGCUGUUCGAUCAUUGCUUGAUGGCUUGAGGAAGAAGGCGAGUGUGGAGACGGUUGAAUCAGAGAAGAGUGAUGACAGUGUUGAGACUGUGAAGCCAGCCCAGGAUUCGGAGGAGUCAAUUGAAGGACAAGGCUCUGAAACCGACGAUCUCACACCUACGCCCGAAGUCACUGCUGAUCAGCUUUCACGCUUGCUCGAUAUUGUGGAGGACCGAUUCUCUGCUCCGACUGACAACCGUCGAUCUUCAAUGCUACAAACCAAGUCACAGCUACGGGAAGAUCUUGUUCGGGCCAAGGAGCAACUCAUCAUCGAGACUUCCAGAGCACAAGACUUCAGCAGACAACUCUCAGAGCAUCAACAAGAGAUUUCGAACCUCAAGGAUCAAGUCAAGGAGGGUCACACGCAUAUUCGGAACGCUCACCAAGAGAAGCAACGAUUGGAGAGACAGAUUCAUGAUCUCAGAACGAAGUCCAAGAGCGCAGCCACAACACCUGAUGGUAGCCGAGACAAUGAGUUGGAAUGGCCAAAGAGGACAUCAGGAAAUAAUGGUGGUCUUCGAGAAUUCAGACUUGGCCGUACGAACUCGAACAAGUCCCAGAAAUCAGCAUCUGCGCCAGCAGCUCCUGUCUUCAACAAACGCACUUCGAGUCUGAACAUGGGCGCCAUUCAGGCAAAAGAGAACCGAGACCCGAACAUGACUCCACCAUCAAACGACGGCUCGCCUACAAAACAAGAUGUCGACACAGAUGCCCUCGUCCUAGAGCUGGUACAAGCCAAAACAGCCGAAGCAAUCGCCAAACAAGAAGCAGAGGAAGCAAAGAGCAAGCUUGAAAGCCUGAAGAAGAUGAUGAGCAUGGGCACCGCAAAUAGCGAGCUAAGCAAGUUAGGCCACAAAUCCAAUCCAAGCCAAACAGUCGUCGAGAGAUCAGUCAGCGCGCAGACGCCGCCAACAGCUACACCUACGAGUGGUGGUGGAUUCUGGACGGGAUGGGGAAAGAGGACUGUUUCUACGGGCGCGGAGUGA